GUCCGUCCCCAUAGAAGAACCCAUCAGCAGCAGUGGGCUGGCUUAACUGGGACUUUAGAGCUGACCUAUCCCCUCCGUGUUAGUUCCCGGUGUCCCUCUGCAAGAGGUAGGAGGGGGCAGACGCAGAGGCAGAGGCAGGCACUCAGGAGCCUCCUCAACACUCUACCUCCCACUAGCCACCCUGCUCAACGGCUGACAUGACCAGCACUCAGUAGAUAUGAGGACAACAGCUGCAUCCUGAGCUGACAAAGAAACACUUCAUUGAAGGAACAAGAGGCUGGGAAGUUGAACACAUACUACACAAUAUCAGGAUUGGAUAAACGUUGUGGAUAAACAACGUUUCUUUAUCUCUAGGGAAGUCGAACACAUACUACACAAUAUCAGGAUUGGAUAUUCAGAUAGUUUCAAGUUGUUUAUUGACAUUGUUUAUCUCUAUAAAAGUUGUACAGCGUAUAGCUUCAUAGGUACCAGAGAUCUAUAUAACCCUGUUUCCUCGUCUAUUCUGAGGAAACAUCCAUGUGUCUUGUGGACAGGCCCUCUGAUCAGCAGCACUUCCUUAAUAAGAUGCACCUCCCCAGGAUCAUGAAGAGAACCCAGUCACCCCACAGAGAGACCGUUUCCCCUGUCCUCUCAUACUACUCAGAGCCAGCCUACCUGCAGCACCGUAAGGAUGUGACUAGAGAUCUGGCCCCGCUGCCUGGUGCAACGAGAAGAGGAGCCCUGGAUGAGGAAGACCAGGACGAGACGCUGAGCCUACGGAGCAUGCCCAGUAUGAGAAGCACCCUGAGUCACGCCUCAAAGGUGAAAAGGUCACGGGGCUUCCCGGAGAGACACACCAUCCCCGAGCUCAGACUGCCCCCUGUUACUAAGAUUCAUCCCGACCCCAGAGCCAGUCUGGAAUUGAGGGGUACUGGCUACCUGAGAUGUUCCAGACUUCCACCCAUCAUCAAAUCUACCAGAACCCACGAGCCUCUGCACCAGGAAAGACCCCCAGGUCCAGCUGGGUACAGGCCUGAGAAGAAGGGAGAUGUUCCCCCUGGACUUCCUGACAAGAAGGGAGAUGUUCCCCCUGGAUUUCCAGAGAAGAAGACUGUUGGUCUGAAGAAGCAGGGAGAUGUUCCCUCUGGACUUCCUGAUAAGAAGGGAGAUGUUCCCCCUGGACUACCAGAGAAGAAGACUGUUGGUCUGAAGAAGAAGGGAGAUGUUCCCUCUGGACUACCAGAGAAGAAGACUGUUGGUCUGAAGAAGAGUUUUAAUAAUGAGGACCUCCUCAAAGUACCUGUUGUGACCAUGUCCAAGAUCAUUUCUGAUCCACCUCCAACUGAGACCCAACACAUCACGUUCCACAGCCCCGCGCUGCAGGCCGUGUACCCGAUAACCCCUGACAACGAAACGCAAACCAGGAAGCCACAGGAAGAUAGAAAACCCCCGUAUCCCAGAGUCCUCUCUUCUACAUCCACCUGCGCUAUAUCUAACACCAUCGGCCCUGAGAAAGUAUACAGAUUCCAGCCACACCUUCUGAGAGAUAACCCCCCUCCAUACUCCUCUGAGUGGACCGAUCCAAAGGCUUUAACCCAAGGAAGGACUGAGUGGACUGAACCAAGGGCUCCAACCCAGGGGAGGAGAGAGAUGCUGUUGAUCAGACUGAGCAUCACAUGGUCCAAGGCUGAGAACAGCAGCAACCUGAGACAGCCACAGUCCCAGUCUCAGCUCCAGCGUUGCCCCAUCCGUCCCCUGAAACCAGCCCUGAGAAGACUACCCAUCUCCAACACAAGGAGGCUGAGGGACUGGGGGACGACUUUGGGGUGUCUGUGGGAGGAGGAGGAGGGGUGUGUCCCACCCCCGGUCCGAGUCCAGCCUGGGUUACUGGAACCCUUUACAGGGUUCAAAGAGCACCUCUGUCGCCAGCUUCUCCACCCCCCCACCCCCCUGGCUCAGCUCCUGGAGAAGGCCUCAGAGGGAGACCAUAUAGACACACAGGCAGACAGACCGGCAGACAGAAUAGUAGACAAACAGUAUAGACAGACAGGUAGACAGACCGGUAGGUAGACCGGUAGAUAGACAGGUAGACAGACCGGCAGACAGACCGGUAGAUAGACAGUAUCGACAGACAGACCGGCAGACAGACCGG